CCACCAUCAUCACCAUCAUCAUCACCACCAUCAUCACCACCAUCUUCAAUAUCGACGCGGAAACCAAAAUCCUGUCUCUUGAUCCGCCCUCACCUUUAUGCCUCUACGUCCUCCUCUCUGGAAGAAGGACCGGAUGAGGACCUUUUGGGAAGAAUCCACUUCUCUCUUCAUUAUGAUGCCUCAGCCUCCAUCUUCUUGGUCAAGGUCCUGGAGGCUGCAGACCUUCCUCGUCCUGCCUGCAAAGACCGCAAUGACAUGGCUCACUCAAAUCCAUAUGUCAAGAUCUCUCUCCUACCUGAUAGUAAGAACUCUUGCCAGACAGCUGUGAAGAAAAAGACCCAAGACCCAGUCUAUGAGGAAACUUUCCGGUUCGAGAUUCCUUACAAGGAGGUUGUUCGUCGGACCCUAGAGCUGAAGGUCAAGGAUUUUGACAAAUAUUCCCGGCACUGUGUCGUUGGCCAUAUCCUCUUGCCGCUGCAGAACGUAAACUUAGCACGACCGUCACGCAUGUGGAGACCUCUAACCCAGUGCAGUCCUUCAGAGGAGUACGGAGAACUGCUGCUGUCCCUCAACUACCUUCCCACUGCUGGCCGAUUAAAUGUUGACGUCAUUAAGGCUAAGCAGAUCCUCCAGACUAGCCUCGUCAGAGGAGCAGAUCCGUAUGUGAGGGUUUCCUUAGUGGUACGAGGGAGGCACCUCAAGUCAAAAAAGACGGGGGUAAAGAAGAAUACUCUCUCACCAUCCUUCAAUGAGUCGUUCAGCUUCCAAUUGGCAGGGCCAGAAUUAAGGGAGUCGUCUCUGGUUGUCACCGUUUGGGAUUGGAAUGGGGGAGUUAUUCGUGACGAAUUUAUUGGGAGAAUAGUUCUUGGAAAACAGCCAUCAGGUCCACAUGAGAUCACCCACUGGAACAACAUGAUGGGGUCACAGAGGCAUGCAGUGGCACAGUGGCAUUCCCUUCAGUCACGUCUCCACUGUGACCAAAAACAGGCAUGGAUAAGAAUGAGUAACAGCACAAGAGAUGUAUUUGAUGUGUUUCAGUUAUUUUGUUAUCAAAAAUACAUGUGUAUCAUCUGCCUCACGGGCUGUGCCAUGAACAUGCUGAAUGACCCUUUUUUUGGCUCAACACCUGGAACAAGUCAUCUUUUAAAGAUCAGAGAACUUGCUUGUAUUGGAUAUGGCGUCAUGGAAGCUGAGAGGAAAUUACGAAGGCAAAUUCUGCUUGUCAAGCAGGAUGCUAAAAACAGCGGAUAG